UAGACCUUUAGUUCCUUACAUCCAACGAAAACAUCUGACCUAUGUUCACUUUUUCAAAUGUGCAAAGUAACGAGUAAUUCAUGCUCAUAGGCCUAUUUCAAAUAUAGUGGAGUCAAAAGUACAGUAUUUGCCUUUCAAAUGUAGUGGAGUAAAAGACACAAGUUUCCAAAAAGAUUAAUACUCAAGUAAGUACAGAUAAUGGAAUAUACAUAAAGGAAGAUAAUCCGUGUGCAAUUGCCAUGGAAGUGCAAUGAAUGAAUGAUGCUGUUUGUGGUAUUUCUACUUACUUUCCCUGAAACGUGUCCUGAGCACAGUAAAUGGAGUGUCUGGCGACUCACACUUCACCAUGACCUCAAAUCCGUAGCAUAUUCCUGAUAGUGAGACAAAGACAGAAAUGACGAUGCUUCAGUUUAGAGUUCUCAACGGGUCGGGUUGGGCCAACAAACCCAACGGGACCCGCAGGUUCGGGCCGGGUUCGGGUCGAAAAUAUAAGCAAAUGACUCGGGUCGGGUCGGACCUCGGGCUUAAUCUUUUCUGCUCAGUGAAAAAAAAAAACAUGUAUUAAUCAUCGCAGCUGUUUACCGUAAAGAAGGUCUGCUGCUGCGUGCAACGUGCAUCAUGGAGAGGGGCAGGGGCAGACGCUGCGUGCACGCCUUUAGCCUGGAGAAGAAGAUGGAGUUGGUGAAAAGUAGGCUAAACUUGCCGCAGGUGAAUUCACCGUCGCUACUACAGGAGCGGGGAAAUCAGAGGUCUGGAAAGUGUUUGGAGUGGUGCUGGAUUCUGAUGAAAAUUCUACAGGUUAUGGGCAAUGCUCAAAAUGCAAGGUGCUGAUGAAAUGUCACCCUGCAAGGCGUCGCUUUGGUAAAAUUUACAAAAUUAAGUUAUUGUGCUCACAUGAACUAAGCUUUCCAACAAUAUGUAUAUCGAGGGUAGGCCUAUUGCAAAAAGUAUCGCUAAGAUAACAGCAUCCAAAGUUACAUGGUUCUUCCGUCACAAUACGCCAGAAGUGGAGAAAAUCACCGUUUUAAGUAAAUUGUCACGCUAAUGUGUUGAAUCUUCACCUAAAUAAAGUCAGGGUUUAACAGUCAAAACGUAGCCUAUGUUUUACGUCGGUCCGCGGGCCGGGUUCGGGCAGAUAAUUCAUGUUGAUGUGUCGGGUUACAUCGGGUCCGGGCUUUAAAAGCCACGGGUCGGGUCGGGUCGGGUUGUAAUUUUCAGGCCCGUUGAGAACUCUACUUCAGUUGUAAUUUAAGAUGACAACAAUAGCCUAUAUGCCGCGGACUUCCGUUCGGAUGCUUCCGGACUCUUCAGCCCGUAUCAGAACUUCCGGUUUACGUUGACGUUAACUUAAGCCAGAGCCCGCUUUCUCUGCUUUAGCUAUGGCGUUUUUUAACAAGAUCAUUGCAGGACCUGCCGAGGAUAACGGUAAACGAUGUUCACCGAAUCAUCCAGGCCACAUCAAAGACACCAACGGCAAACAGAGAUAAAGGAUUUAAACUGUAUGUGGCCAGCUAUAUACACAACUAUGAAGUUUCAAACAAGGAGUCAGGAGGAGGAAAGGUCACGGUUAGGUCGGAGUGCUUCCGAUCUAUGAGGAAAAGCCAGAAGCCUCACUGUCUGAGUAUUGUGCUAAGGGAUUCUAAGCCGGUGGUGUUGGAGAGAUGCCAGUGUACCUGUGUGGCCGGUACAGCUUUGUGCUGUCAUGUGGCAGCUCUACUGUAUCAGACAGCGCACUACUCCCAGCUGAGGCUUACAUCAGUUCCCCCAGUGUUCAGCUGCACAGAAACUGAACAAAAGUGGCACAAACCAAGGACCAUGGGUAUUAAACCUGGUCCAGUUAAUGACAUGGUCAUCAUAUCAGCCAGACCAAGAGAGAGGAGGCUUGCAGAAGGAAUAAGAAGCAACUUGUAUAAAGGAGUGAGCUGCCCUCUGCCAGACAUCUCCACAUUAAAAGUUCAGGAGGCAUACCAUGGACUUAAUGCAGAUGAAGCUCCCAUGAUCACAGCAAUGGCGCUCUCCAGCAAUGUUCCUCUGGUUGAGUCCAUGUUCGGUCCGGUGCAGGAGGGAAGUGUGCUGUCCUAUCAGCUACCAAUAAGGACAGUCCCCAUUACCCGUCCCCACACAGAUGCCCCUUCCCCUCCACAGCUACCACUGUCAUAUUACAGACUCGGACCCUCUACCUGUUCAUUUGUACUUUCUGAACACCAGCACCAUCAUUUGGUAUCCCUCGCGACAUCUUUUGAAACAGCACACCAAGUUGAAAAGAGCACACAAGAGCAGAGUUCCUGCAUUGAGUGGCACCAACUGAGGAGGUGCCGCAUCACAUCUACCAAAUUUAGAGAAGUUUGCCACACCAGGGGGGAAAGUUCUGCUGAGAACCUUGCAAAAAGGCUUCUGGGAUCGUGUCAUCAGACUGCUGACAUGCGGCGGGGUCUUGCCUUGGAGCCUGUAGCAGUAAAGGAGUACUGCAAGGUAAGGGAGGUCAACCACUACCCAUGUGGGUUCCUGAUCCACCCUGAGGCACCAUGGAUGGGGUCAACACCUGAUGGAAUAGUGUAUGAUCCUGUGGGGCAGCCAGUGUUUGGCCUUUUAGAAAUUAAAUGCCCAAACGUAGCUAGCUCUGUGGACUGCCCUUACAUUAUGAUAAAGGAUGGGACACAAACACUGAGACAAUCCCAUCCUUAUUACUGGCAGGUCCAGGGACAAAUGUUGGUUUCUGGGUGUGACUGGUGUGACUUUGUCGUUUACACAGCAGAUGACAUGUUUAUCCAGAGAAUUCCCUGUGACAUGGAAGGUCAAUGA